AACAACCCCUUAUAAAUGAACCGGAGCAGGCACCCACAUAUCUCAAAACCGCAGAGGAAAAAAACAAUAUCAAACCAUCCAAUCAUGGCGCGCCUCCGCCGUCUCCCCAUCGUCGUCGCUGCCGUCCUCCUCCUCUCCGGCGUCGCUGCACUUUCCUCGCCGGUGGAGGACCCACUCAUCGAGCAGGUGGUCGGGGGCGACGAGAAGAACGAGCUGGAGCUGAACGCCGAGGCGCACUUCGCGAGCUUCGUCCAGCGGUUCAACAAGUCGUACAGGGACGCCGACGAGCACGCCCACCGGCUGUCCGUGUUCACGGCCAACCUCCGCCGCGCGCGGCGCCACCAGCGGCUCGACCCCUCGGCGGUCCACGGCGUCACCAAGUUCUCCGACCUAACCCCCGACGAGUUCCGGGACCGCUUCCUCGGCCUCCGCAAGUACCGCCGGAGCUUUCUCAAGGGACUAUCCGGAUCGGCGCACGACGCCCCGGCCCUCCCCACAGACGGCCUCCCCACCGAGUUCGACUGGCGCGAGCACGGCGCCGUCGGGCCUGUCAAGGACCAGGGCUCGUGCGGGUCGUGCUGGUCGUUCAGUACGUCCGGUGCGCUGGAGGGCGCGCACUACCUCGCCACCGGGAAGCUCGAGGUGCUCAGCGAGCAGCAGAUGGUUGACUGCGAUCACGAGUGUGAUCCAUCAGAACCACGAGCGUGCGACGCAGGAUGCAAUGGUGGCUUGAUGACUACAGCUUUCAGCUAUCUUGCGAAAGCUGGUGGUCUGGAGACCGAGAAGGACUACCCUUACACCGGGAGGGGCGGUGCCUGUAAGUUUGAUAAGUCUAAAAUUGCUGCUCAAGUCAAGAACUUCAGCACUGUUGCUGUGGAUGAAGAUCAAAUUGCGGCUAACCUUGUGAAACAUGGCCCGCUCGCAAUUGGUAUCAAUGCAGUCUUCAUGCAGACAUACAUUGGUGGUGUCUCAUGUCCAUUUAUCUGUGGGAGGCAUCUUGAUCAUGGUGUUCUCUUGGUUGGCUAUGGAUCUGCUGGUUAUGCGCCACUCCGCUUCAAGGAAAAACCAUACUGGAUCAUAAAGAAUUCGUGGGGCGAGAACUGGGGUGAGAGCGGGUACUACAAGAUCUGCAGGGGGGCGCAUGUCAAGAACAAAUGCGGUGUUGAUUCCAUGGUUUCCACGGUGACUGCCAUCCAUACCUCUAACAAGGAAUAGGAUAUUACUAGUACUCUGGAGUCUGGGCUGCAUAUAUAGUACUUGUGAUUCAAUCUUGUGCCAGGACCGUCGGUAGUAACUGCCAUUCCACGAUGUUUUAUUACGAUUCAGUAAAUAUGUGAAGCUUCUCUUGGUUGCUCUUGUAUGUGCUUCGAUUACUAUAUAUUAGCCAUUGUAUAUAAUCUGAUAUUUCUGGUUAAUCAUUGAA